AUUAUCAUCUUUCUUAUUAAUUAAUUUUUCUAAAUUCUGAAAUAAUGGCAGUUUCAGCUAUUACUACUUUUAUUACUCCAUUGAAAAAUUUAUCGUUAUCGCUUUCUUCUGUUUCAAAUGUUGUUUUUCCUAAGAAACAAUUCAAAUUACUUUGUGCAACAUCUGAUGUUUCACUUACUGGUGUUGCGUUUGAGCCAUUUGAUGAAGUUAACAAAGAAGAAUUUAUGGUUCCUAUCACACUACAAACUUCACUUGCUCGACAAAGAUUCGAGGAUGAAUGUGAAGCUGCUAUCAAUGAGCAGAUCAAUGUGGAGUACAAUGUUUCGUAUGUAUACCACGCCAUGUACGCCUACUUUGACAGGUACAACGUAGCUCUAAAAGGCCUCGCAAAAUUCUUCAAGGAGUCAAGUGAAGAAGAAAAGGAACAUGCUGAGAAGUUUAUGCAUUAUCAGAACAUCCGAGGAGGAAGAGUGAAGCUACACUCUAUUAUGAUGCCUCCCUCUGAAUUUGAUCAUGUUGAUAAGGGAGACGCGUUGUAUGCAAUGGAACUAGCAUUGUCCUUGGAGAAGUUAACAAAUGAGAAACUCCUGACCCUGCAUAGCAUAAAAAACCUCUUCUUUUUCGUGGCUGAUCGAAACAAUGACUCCGAAAUGAAAGAUUUUUUGGCUGAGCAGGUUGAGGCUAUUAAGAAAAUUGCAGAUUAUGUAACUCAGCUAAGGAGGGUUGGAAAAGGACAUGGAGUGUGGCACUUUGAUCAGAUGCUUUUACAUUAA